GGAAAUCUCUCUCUCAAACCUUUCUCUUCUAAUGCCAUUUGUAUUGAUACUUACUGGCGCCUCUACUGGGAUUGGAGCUUCAAUUGCCCUGAUCUAUUUGUCACGUCCUGAUACAUGUCUUGUUGCUGUGGCUAGAUCAGAGGACAAACUUCAAGAAUUGGUUGAAACCUACGGAUCUGACAGAGUAGCAUUUGUGGCUGGUAGCGUGUCAGAAGACCAAGUUAUUCGUCAGAGCGUGGAGUUGGCGGUGUCGAAGUUUGGCCGAGUCGACUCAGUUAUUGCUAAUGCUGGAGUGUUGGACCCAGUACAAACCAUAGAUAAUGCUGAUAUCGAUGCCUGGAAACAAGCGUUCGACGUGAAUUUCUUCUCUGUUGUCAACUUGGCCAAGUACGUGAUUCCUGAAUUGCGUAAGACCCGUGGAAGUUUCAUUGGUGUGUCGUCCGGGGCUUCAGUUGGAGCCACCAAUGGUUGGGGUUGUUAUGGUGCCACCAAGGCGGCAUUGAACCACUUAGUUCUCACCAUCGCCGAACAAGAGGCCAGCAGUCAAGUGACGUCGCUUUCGGUUGCUCCUGGCGUGGUGGAUACGUCUAUGCAAUUGGACAUUAGAGAAAAACAUAAGAGUGCCAUGAAGCCCGAAUCCCACAGGCGGUUCACAAAAUUACAUGAAGAACAAAAGUUACUUCACCCUGAUGUUCCGGCCACCGUCUACGUGAACUUGGCUCUUAAUGGCUGGGAUUCGACUAUCAAUGGCAAAUAUUUAAGAUAUAACGAUGCAGCAUUAGCCUCAUAUAUUUAGUAACACCGCGAACCACACGAAUUUUUUCAGUCCAAAUACACAAUGAUUUCCAGAAUUGUAACUGCUAGAACCAUGGCCAGAAGUGUUGGUAGCGUCAGAACCACACUUAUACGUGAGCCUGGCUCCCUUCGAUUCAACUCAAGUAUCACCAAGCCCAAAUUCCCGUCGUCAGCCUCGACUACUCCUCCUCCCCCACCACCACCUCCAAGAGGACGGAUCUUAAUUGGGUUAGGGUUGUUGGCAGCCGCCACCUCCAUGGCCGCCGUGUUCUAUACCAACAAGUCCCCGGUAUCGGCGGUGGAACCGCAACCACAAACAGGCCCAGAGUUCCCUGAAAACAAAAUAUCGGUGGUGUUUGUGUUGGGAGGUCCGGGCGCUGGCAAAGGCACCCAAUGUGCCAAAUUGGUGCAACAAAAGGGAUUUGUUCAUUUGAGUGCUGGAGACUUAUUGAGAGCCGAGCAGGCCAGAGAAGGGUCCAAGUAUGGUGAGUUGAUUGCCACAUGUAUCAAAGACGGAACCAUUGUUCCUCAAGAAGUGACACUUGCUUUGUUGAAACAGGCAAUCUUGGAGCAGUUCCAAAAAGGUUCCACCCGGUUUUUGGUUGAUGGAUUCCCCAGGAAAAUGGACCAGGCGCUCUCCUUUGAAGAGCAGAUUGCCAAAUCAGCCUUUACGUUGUUCUUUGAGUGCCCUGAACAGGUGAUGUUGGCAAGAUUAUUAGAAAGAGGUAAAACCAGUGGCCGCGCUGAUGAUAACGUGGAGAGCAUUAGAAAGCGGUUUAAAACGUUUAUUGACACAUCGAUGCCCGUGGUCGACUACUUCGACAAGCAGGGCCGUGUGGUGAAGGUUAGAUGUGAUCACCCGGUUGACCAAGUGUAUGCAUCGGUGUUGGAAGCCUUGAAACAAAGGGGUAUUUGAGUAGAUGAAUUGGUCACGUGAGUAGAACUGUCAAUAGAUAUAUUUUCAAGCU